AUGAGUCUUGUACUAGUAACACCAACGAAGAAGAAAUUAUCUGUUGCUAUAAAGAGACUUGAACUGGAUCAAGCAGCAUUAGUUCUAGAGAAAUUAAAAAACAAUCUUUACUUUAUUAAAGACAGUGCUAAUAUCAAGCUCCAAAUGAAAGGCUCGGAACUUCAAAUAAAGAAGUCCCAAGUAUAUGUAUAUUAUACUUCAACUACAACAUUCUGGAACAAAGCAGUUUUGACUUGCUGCAUAAUUCCAAUCAUGAUACGCUUUCAUGCAAUACAUUCUUUACACCACCCAGAUGUAAAAAACUGGGUUCUUUAUUCGACCCAUGUACAAACAUGGUCCAGAAAUAGCAAAAACAUCUUACUUUGCAGCGGUGAUAUUGAAGAUGACGAAUAUAAUUUAUCGUCUAGUUUGAAUCAUGGUCUGUCUUCAUAUCUGCAUGACUACUUAUCAGCGCCGAUACGGAUGAACGCAAAUACUGUUGUCUCUUGUCAAAUACCCCGGCGGGUGGUUUGCCACAUAAUAUUGGACGUUUGGGCGAAGCUUGGAAUCAUGGUUCUAAUUCACAUUGUCAUGUAG